AUACAUACAUAGUCGGCACGUCGACCGACCGCCAUUAUUGUUGUCAAGAUGGCGUCGAAAGGGAAGCUAGCAACCGAGCAUGGCCGCUCGAACUCGUACAGGGUCGCGACGUUACCUAAAAUUCGCGACGACAACAUUACAGCAGACGGGAUGUUCAAGUCGCGGCGGAAGAACCCCAAGCGGAGGGCGGACAAUUUAGACGACUUGAAGCAGGAGUUGGACAUUGACUUCCACAAAAUCUCACCCGAAGAACUGUAUCAGAGAUUUCAUACGCACCCCGAGAACGGCCUCAGCUAUGCGAAAGCAAAGGAGAACCUCGAGAGGGACGGGCCGAACGCGUUGACCCCGCCGAAACAGACCCCAGAAUGGGUGAAAUUCUGCAAAAACCUGUUCGGCGGUUUCGCGUUGUUGCUGUGGAUCGGUGCGAUCCUCUGUUUCAUCGCGUACUCGAUCCAGGCGUCGACCAGCGAGGACCCGAGCGACGACAAUCUUUUCCUGGGCAUCGUGUUGGCGGUGGUCGUCAUAGUGACGGGCAUAUUCUCGUAUUACCAGGAAAGCAAGUCGAGCAAAAUCAUGGAGUCGUUCAAGAACAUGGUGCCGCAGUACGCGACCGUGAUCAGAGAGGGCGAGAAGCUGGUGCUGAGGGCGGAGGAGUUGGUGCUCGGUGACGUAGUCGAGGUGAAGUUCGGCGAUCGUAUACCGGCUGACAUCAGGAUCAUCGAGUCCCGGGGCUUCAAGGUCGACAACAGCUCGCUGACCGGCGAGUCUGAGCCGCAGUCGAGGUCUCCAGAUUUCACGAACGAAAAUCCCUUGGAAACUAAAAAUUUAGCGUUCUUCUCGACCAAUGCUGUUGAAGGCACAGCGAAAGGGGUGGUGAUCUGUUGUGGCGAUCAGACGGUAAUGGGAAGGAUCGCUGGUUUAGCAUCCGGCCUUGACACCGGCGAGACGCCGAUCGCUAAGGAGAUCCAUCACUUCAUCCACUUGAUCACAGGCGUGGCCGUGUUCCUUGGUGUUACGUUCUUCAUAAUCGCUUUCAUUCUCGGUUACCAUUGGCUCGAUGCGGUUAUCUUCUUGAUCGGUAUCAUUGUGGCAAACGUGCCGGAGGGUUUGCUCGCGACCGUGACCGUGUGUUUGACGCUGACCGCGAAACGUAUGGCGUCCAAGAACUGCUUGGUUAAGAAUCUGGAGGCCGUCGAGACGCUCGGUUCCACAUCGACCAUCUGCUCGGACAAGACUGGCACGCUCACCCAGAACCGUAUGACCGUCGCUCACAUGUGGUUCGACAAUCAGAUCAUCGAGGCGGACACCACGGAGGAUCAGUCCGGAUUGCAAUACGACCGCACCAGCCCCGGUUUCAAGGCGUUGGCCAAGAUCGCGACGCUCUGCAAUCGAGCCGAAUUCAAGUCUGGCCAAGACGACCUGCCGAUCCUUCAGAGAGGAGUGAACGGCGACGCCUCCGAGGCUGCCCUCUUGAAGUGCAUGGAGCUGGCGCUGGGUGACGUGAUGGGCAUCAGGAAACGCAACAAGAAAGUCUGCGAGAUUCCGUUCAACUCGACCAACAAGUAUCAGGUCUCUGUCCACGAGUCGGACAACCCCGACGACCCGAGACACCUGCUCGUGAUGAAGGGAGCACCCGAGAGGAUUCUGGAUCGUUGCGCCUCGAUCUUCAUCGGUGGCAAAGAGAAGGUGCUCGACGAGGAGAUGAAGGAGGCGUUCAACAAUGCUUACCUCGAACUGGGUGGACUCGGUGAACGUGUGCUCGGUUUCUGUGACUACAUACUGCCGUCCGACAAGUUCCCGAUCGGUUUCAAGUUCAACUGCGACGACCCGAACUUCCCGGUAGACGGACUCCGCUUUGUGGGCCUGAUGUCUAUGAUCGACCCGCCCAGGGCUGCGGUGCCCGACGCGGUCGCCAAGUGCCGGUCAGCCGGUAUCAAGGUCAUCAUGGUAACCGGUGACCAUCCGAUCACUGCCAAAGCCAUUGCCAAAUCUGUCGGCAUCAUCUCUGAAGGUAACGAAACCGUCGAGGACAUUGCUAAACGGUUGAACAUCCCCGUAUCCGAGGUGAAUCCUCGCGAGGCCAAGGCUGCCGUCGUCCAUGGAACCGAACUCAGGGAACUGAACUCCGACCAACUGGACGAGAUCCUCAGGUAUCACACCGAAAUUGUGUUCGCCCGUACCUCGCCACAGCAGAAGCUCAUCAUUGUCGAAGGCUGCCAACGGAUGGGAGCUAUCGUCGCUGUAACUGGUGACGGUGUGAAUGACUCGCCGGCGCUGAAAAAAGCUGACAUCGGCGUCGCCAUGGGUAUAGCGGGCUCGGACGUGUCCAAGCAGGCCGCGGACAUGAUCCUGCUCGACGACAACUUUGCGUCGAUCGUGACUGGCGUCGAGGAGGGUCGAUUGAUCUUCGACAACCUGAAGAAAUCCAUCGCGUACACCCUGACCUCGAAUAUCCCUGAAAUCUCACCCUUCCUGGCGUUCAUCCUUUGCGACAUUCCCCUACCUCUCGGCACUGUCACUAUCCUCUGCAUCGAUCUGGGAACGGACAUGGUGCCAGCCAUCUCACUUGCCUACGAGGAGGCAGAGAGCGAUAUUAUGAAGCGACAUCCACGAAACCCGUUCACUGACAAGCUAGUUAACGAAAGUGGUGGAUGGCAGGUGCCGGCCAUCUCGCUAGCUUACGAGGCACCGGAGUCGGACAUUAUGAAACGGCAGCCCCGCGAUCCUUACAGAGACAAUCUUGUCAACCGAAGGCUUAUUUCGAUGGCGUACGGGCAGAUCGGUAUGAUCCAAGCUGCCGCCGGAUUCUUCGUCUACUUUGUGAUCAUGGCUGAGAACGGAUUCCUGCCUCUGCAUCUUUUCGGUAUCCGAAAAAUGUGGGAUUCCAAGGCUAUCAACGAUCUUCGCGACAGCUACGGCCAAGAAUGGACAUACAAGGACCGUAAGACACUGGAGUUCACCUGCCACACGGCCUUCUUCGUCUCUAUCGUGAUUGUACAGUGGGCCGACUUGAUCGUCUGUAAGACGCGACGUAACUCCAUCUUCCAUCAAGGAAUGAAAAACUGGGCCCUGAACUUUGGUCUGGUGUUCGAGACCGCCCUCGCCGCGUUCCUAAGCUACACGCCCGGCAUGGAAAAGGGUCUCCGCAUGUUCCCUCUCAAAUUCGUCUGGUGGCUGCCGGCCAUUCCUUUCAUGUGCGCCAUCUUCAUCUACGACGAGACGAGACGAUUUUACCUCCGCCGGAAUCCAGGAGGCUGGCUCGAGCAAGAAACUUACUACUAGACGCAAAAAGGAGAAUUAAUCAUACACGCAGAGCGCGCGCGCAAGAGUAAGAGCGAGAGAAGCAGAGAGAAUGAUGUGAGAGAGAAUGAGACGCAUACCCACGCAAUAUACACCGAGGAAAAUAAUAAUACAUAAAUAAUAAAAAAUAAUUAAACAACCAAAAAAAAAAUAACAAAAGAACAAGUAAAUCACUCACGUUUAAACACAUAACAUUUUACAUGGGGCGUGCUAUCCGGGUCUAUCCGUACUGUCGCGAAAUCACGAGAUAUAUUAUACAUGUAUAUUAAAUAUUCGAGGGACGAGAGAAGUUCGCUAGAGCCGAGCCGAAUCGUCGAACGAGUGGAAAACUAGGAUUAUCUGAGAGAACAAUGAACAAAAAUAAAGAGAAACGAAUACAGACGAUAAACGAAAAUGAAAUGGUGUGUCUUGCAGCCAGUCUCGAGGAGCGAGUACGCUGUUGGGAGGCAGGGACGCUCCCAUCGACAGUGUGAAGUACAAAAAAAGAAGAGAAGAAAACAAACGAACGAAAAAAAAAAUGAAUGUCGAUGAAAAGGAACUUGGAAACAAAGGGGGGAGGGGGGGAGUAAAAGAAUGGAAAAGAGAUUGCGAGAAAGAAAGAUAGAAAAGAAAAUAUAUAAAAGAGAGAAAGACGUUCGUCGUUCUGGCUCUGCGAGUUGCUUGCACGCGCGUGUACCGGUGUAUCAUUCACAAAACGGACGUCGUCCGUGAAACAUCGAAGGGAUCGACGAAGAUAUAGGGGUUCUACGAGCAACGUCGUCGGAAGGUUUCCAAUAACUUCCGGGUACACACCUGAUACUAUCGAGGGUUGUAGGUGUCGGUGCUGCCAUCGGAUUUUCGACGGAACAGCUGGACAAUGCAGGUGCGAAGAGUGUAGGGCCUAAACGAUCGGUAAACAAGGAAGGACGUAGAACGGGGUCACCGAGGGGACAUUCAAGGUGGAGGACAGCCGUUUAAGAGGACGAUGAAGACACUUUGGGAAUGGCAGGGCGACAGAUCGACGGAUAACGCGCACGUCCGUAUGAACGUCGACGGGUGUAGGACGAGAUGGAGUUCAGUGGGUUUAAUUAGGAUCCGUGGCGCAUUAAGUAGACGUCUUGUGAUAUCAAGAAAUAUAUUCUUAGGCAUCCCUGUUAAGCAUUUAAUGAGCAAAGAUACGCUAGAGGUUGUCCACGAUUAAGAGAUCCAGACGGUAAAAAUGGAGAUACGUCUCGUUACACGAGGAAUCUUGAAUAGGAACUUAAUUAACUCUUAAUGAAACGGAAGAAGUCAGUACGCUAGAUUGGCACGCCCUAGAGAUUAUCCACGACGAAGGAGACUGGAGGAGUUAAACAUCUGAAAACCAAAAAAAAAAAAAAAUAAUCAAGAAAACAGUCAAACAAGAUGAAACGCGAGAGGAAAGUGUAAGGUAAAGCGCGUUCGCAGUAUUCGUUGAUUCAUUCAAGCUGCAGUAAUGUCGAAAUCCGAGUAGCCAUCGAGACCAGAGAUAACAUUGCGCGUGUAAUCUAUGUAGUCGAGUCUCAGCACCGGAAGAUCGCUUAUGCGAAGAGGGAAAGGGCCAGGAAUGGUCGUAAAGGGAGAGCAAGGAAGGGUGUGCAAUGAUCGAGUCAGUUCCGAACGGGGUGUGCAACCCGAGACAACGCGAAGAAGAGUCGUGAAGGAUAUAAUAGAGUUUGAACGUGCAGGGGCGAACACAGAAAAAAUGAGUAAAUGCGACAAAUGGACAGUGUAACAAAGUAAUUGUCAACCGUAUCGGUACCAACUGACGAGAAGACGUAAAGGGAAACUAAUAAAACGAGGAGACGAAAUAUGUUAUUUAAUUAUGCAAACGAUGAGGUGGACGCGCGCGACCUUGUUCGGUAAUUGAUGAACCGAACUCGCGUGCGCGCGCCACAGACUCAAACCAGACAAAUGAAUUACGAAAAUGUUAUUGAUUAAAAGAAGAGAAAAUACUAAUAACGAACUAAAUAGAGAUACGAGAGAGUUUAAGAGUAACCGCGCCUGGCCUGGAAACCAGCGUGGUUUCCGGCGGUAAGGACGCCACGAUAGUCGAGGUAACAGGAUAUACAACAAUUGCUAGUAGAGAAUGAUAAAGACGUAGGGAAAGCACAGACAAAAAGAGACAGAGAAGGAGGAGAUGGAAUAGAGCAGACAGAAACAAUAUCAUGAAAUGAAAAAAAAAACACAAACACACACAGAAAGAGUGGAAAAGCGAGUGGAGGGAAAAAAACAUUCUUACUUAGGCGAAACUACAAAAAAAAAAAAUAACAAAAGUAAAGGAAAAAAAGG